CGUAGAGCGACGCACGCAGGCGCAGUACGGUCCCCCGGGCGACGGUGGCCGCGGCUCCUCGGGGUGCUCGGCUCCCUCCCAUCCAGGCCGGCCCCGGCCCGUCUCGCCCCAAGGAACUCACUGUUGGGGGCCGCGAACUUCCUCAUCGUGCCCCACAAAAGUAAAUCUUGGGGACCUGGGGGAGCCGGAAGUACCGCCUUGCGAUCCCCAAAUACUAUCGGGGAAACGGAAGUGGCCAUCGGUGGCAAGUUGGGGGAGACCGGAAGUGACGAGAGCUGUCGGCCAUGGAGCCCAGUGAUACUACCAGUACCACUACCAGUAUGGAGGAGCCUGACAGCCUGGAGGUGCUGGUGAAGACCUUGGACUCUCAGACUCGGACCUUUAUUGUGGGGGCCCAGAUGAAUGUAAAGGAAUUUAAGGAGCACAUCGCUGCCUCUGUCAGCAUUCCCUCUGAGAAACAACGGCUCAUCUAUCAGGGACGAGUUCUGCAGGAUGAUAAGAAGCUCCAGGAAUACAAUGUUGGGGGAAAGGUUAUUCACCUGGUGGAACGGGCUCCUCCUCAGACGCAGCUGCCUUCUGGGGCAUCUUCUGGGAUAGGGUCUGCCUCAGCCACCCAUGGUGGGGGACCCCCGCCUGGUACUCGGGGGCCUGGGGCCUCUGUUCAUGACCGGAAUGCCAACAGCUAUGUCAUGGUUGGAACCUUCAAUCUUCCUAGUGACGGCUCUGCUGUGGAUGUUCACAUCAACAUGGAACAGGCCCCGAUUCAGAGUGAGCCCCGAGUACGGCUGGUGAUGGCUCAGCACAUGAUCAGAGAUAUACAGACCUUACUUUCCCGGAUGGAGUGUCGAGGGGGACCCCAAGCACAGCACAGUCAGCCGCCCCCACAGACGCCAACCGUGGCCCCGGAGUCUGUAGCCUUGAGUUCUCAAACAUCAGAACCAGUUGAAAGUGAAGUGCCUCCUCGGGAGCCCAUGGAGGCCGAAGAAGUGGAGGAGCGUGCCCCAGCCCAGAGCCCGGAGCUCACCCCUUCCGGCCCAGCUCCAGCAGGCCCAACACCUGCCCCAGAGACCAAUGCACCCAACCAUCCUUCCCCUGCGGAGUAUGUUGAAGUGCUCCAGGAGCUACAGCGGCUUGAGAGCCGCCUCCAGCCCUUCAUGCAGCGCUACUAUGAGGUUCUGGGCGCUGCCGCCACCACGGACUACAACAACAACCAAGAGGGCCGCGAAGAGGACCAGCGCUUGAUCAACUUGGUGGGGGAGAGCCUACGGCUGCUGGGCAACACUUUUGUGGCGCUGUCUGACCUGCGCUGCAACCUGGCCUGUGCGCCCCCACGACACCUGCAUGUGGUCCGGCCCAUGUCUCACUACACCACCCCCAUGGUGCUCCAGCAGGCAGCCAUUCCCAUCCAGAUCAACGUGGGAACCACCGUGACCAUGACGGGGAAUGGGACUCGGCCCCCCCCGACUUCUAAUGCGGAGGCAGCUCCCCCUGGUCCUGGGCAGGGCUCAUCCCUGGCUCCCACUUCUACCACUGUCGAGUCCUCAACUGAGGGUGUUCCCCCACCAGGGCCGGCUCCCCCCCCGACCACCAGCCACCCAAGGGUCAUCCGGAUUUCCCACCAGAGCGUGGAACCUGUAGUCAUGAUGCACAUGAACAUCCAAGAUUCUGGCACACAGCCCGGUGGAGUUCCGAGUGCUCCCACUGGCCCCCUAGGACCCCCUGGUCAUGGCCAAACCCUGGGUAAGAGUGAGGGCAUCAGAGCAGGCAGAGCUCUGGGUAGAGAAGGGGUAGGGCCGAAUGGGUGGGCUGAAGGGGGUCCAGGUUCAAGGUUACAUCAGACCCGCCCCCCAGGCUCCACCCUCAUCCAGCUGCCCUCCCUGCCCCCUGAGUUCAUGCACGCCGUCGCCCACCAGAUCACUCAUCAGGCCAUGGUGGCAGCUGUUGCCUCCGCGGCCGCAGGACAGCAGGUGCCAGGUUUCCCGACAGCUCCGACCCGGGUGGUGAUUGCUCGGCCCACCCCUCCACAGGCUCGGCCUUCCCAUCCUGGGGGGCCCCCAAUCUCGGGUACUCUACAGGGCGCUGGACUAGGUACCAAUGCCUCUUUGGCCCAGAUGGUGAGCGGCCUCGUGGGGCAGCUUCUUAUGCAGCCCGUUCUUGUGGCUCAGGGGACCCCAGGAAUGGCACCACCUCCAGCCCCUGCCACUGCUUCAGCCAGUGCAGGCACCACCAACACAGCAACCACAGCUGGUCCUGCCCCCGGGGGGCCCGCCCAGCCUCCACCCCCUCAACCCUCAGCGGCCGAUCUUCAGUUCUCACAGCUCCUAGGGAACCUGCUGGGUCCUGCGGGGCCAGGGGCCGGAGGGCCUGGCAUGGCUUCUCCCACCAUCACCGUGGCGAUGCCUGGUGUCCCUGCCUUUCUCCAGGGCAUGACCGACUUUCUGCAGGCGACGCAGACGGCCCCUCCGCCCCCACCACCACCCCCACCCCCACCCCCGGCCCCAGAGCAGCAGACCAUGCCCCCACCAGGGUCCCCUCCUGGUGGCGCAGGGAGUCCUGGAGGCCUGGGUCUUGAGAGCCUUUCACCGGAGUUUUUUACCUCCGUGGUGCAGGGCGUGCUGAACUCCCUGCUGGGCUCCCUGGGGGCUCGGGCUGGCAGUAGUGAAAGUAUUGCUGCUUUCAUACAGCGCCUCAGUGGAUCAAGCAACAUCUUUGAGCCUGGGGCUGAUGGGGCCCUCGGAUUCUUUGGGGCCCUACUCUCUCUGCUGUGCCAGAACUUUUCCAUGGUGGAUGUGGUGAUGCUUCUUCAUGGGCAUUUCCAGCCACUGCAGCGGCUCCAGCCCCAGCUGCGAUCCUUUUUCCACCAGCACUACCUGGGUGGCCAAGAGCCCACACCUGGUAACAUACGGACGGCAACCCACACGUUGAUCACAGGGCUGGAAGAGUACGUGCGGGAGAGUUUUUCUUUGGUGCAGGUUCAGCCAGGGGUGGACAUCAUCCGGACAAACCUGGAAUUUCUCCAAGAGCAGUUCAAUAGCAUCGCUGCUCAUGUGCUGCACUGCACAGACAGUGGAUUUGGGGCCCGCCUGCUUGAGUUGUGUAACCAGGGCCUGUUUGAAUGCCUGGCCCUCAACCUGCACUGCUUGGGGGGACAGCAGAUGGAGCUUGCCGCGGUCAUCAAUGGCCGAAUUCGUCGCAUGUCUCGUGGGGUGAACCCGUCCUUGGUGAGCUGGCUGACCACUAUGAUGGGACUGAGGCUUCAGGUGGUUUUGGAGCACAUGCCCGUAGGCCCUGAUGCCAUUCUCAGAUAUGUUCGCAGGGUUGGUGAUCCCCCCCAGCCACUUCCCGAGGAGCCAAUGGAAGUUCAGGGAUCAGAGAGAACUUCCCCUGAGCCUCAGCGGGAGAAUGCUUCCCCGGCCCCUGGAACAACAGCAGAAGAGGCCAUGUCCCGAGGUCCGCCUCCUGCUCCUGAGGGCGGCGGCUCCCGUGACGAACAGGAUGGAGCUUCAGCUGAGACAGAACCUUGGGCGGCCGCAGUCCCCCCAGAGUGGGUUCCGAUUAUCCAGCAGGACAUUCAGAGCCAGCGGAAGGUGAAGCCGCAGCCUCCCCUGAGCGAUGCCUACCUCAGUGGUAUGCCUGCCAAGAGACGCAAGACGAUGCAGGGUGAGGGCCCCCAGCUGCUUCUCUCAGAGGCCGUGAGCCGGGCAGCUAAGGCAGCCGGAGCUCGGCCCCUGACGAGCCCCGAGAGCCUGAGCCGGGACCUGGAGGCACCAGAGGUUCAGGAGAGCUACAGGCAGCAGCUCCGGGCUGAUAUACAAAAGCGACUGCAGGAAGACCCCAACUACAGCCCCCAGCGCUUCCCUAAUGCCCACCGGGCCUUUGCUGAUGAUCCCUAGCUCUUGUGGCCCUCCCUCAUCAGGGGACCAUUUCCCCCAUCUUCCUUCACAGUAUUUAAGAAAUAAAAGUCAGAUUUUCCUGGC